AUUCACAGUCGUCUCCAUGUUCACAUUUCCAAAUCACAACAAACUAAUAAAAACUCCCACAAAAUCCUUCCAUUUCCACUCUCCAAUGGCGUGCUGUUGAUUUUCAAAUCCCUUCGCCGUCCUUCACCCCCAUCUUUUGACCUCUCUCCAAUUCUUAUCGUUUUCUCAAUCUCCACUUCUCUCGGAGAAAUUUCUCACAUAUCAAUACUCUAUUUAAACUUAUCAAUCUCUUCGUUCUCAGUUUCCUGUUUGUUAAAUCCAUUAAUCGUUUCCGUUUUCUUCUUCUUCUUCUUCUUCUUCUUCUUCUUCUUCUUUUUUUUUACUCCAUGUGUUGUUCUUAAUCUCUACGUGUUUAAUCGAUUCAUACCUGGUUGGAUGAUUCGUUUCUUCUUCAAUUGGAAUCGCUAUGUCGAACAUUCCGACUUCGCUUUCUGAAAUCUGCCUCACUUUCUUCCGCCUCACCAUGUCCACCGCUGAUCCUUGGCCCUUUUCCUAAUCUUUACACCGCCGCUAAUCGUUUUCCUUUCGCCUCUCUUCUUUUCUUCCGUUUUCCCUCGUUUUUCUCCCUACGAUGAGACGAAUCAGAGGAUUCAAACUCGGCAAACACAUCCGUCGGAUUUCCAACUGGAUUCUCCACAGACGGCGCCGGAACCGGUCUGGAUACUCUUUGUUGAGCUCCCCACGCUCAACCAAGCCGAUUGCAAAGCUGUUACGCUGGGGAAGGCGAUUGACGGACGGAGCGAAAUCGAUCUGUUCGAGUAGAAGGAGAUUGAGUUAUGUCCCGUUAGAUCGUGAUUCGGAGGAGAAAAAAUCUGCGGCGGUUCCUAAAGGUCAUUUGGCUGUAUACGUUGGACAAAACGAUGGUGAGUUCCACCGCGUUCUUGUGCCAGUGAUUUACUUUAAUCAUCCUCUGUUUGGGGAGCUUCUGAGAGAAGCGGAGGAGGAGUACGGAUUCCAACAUCAAGGUGGAAUCACGAUUCCUUGUCCGUACGCGGAGUUCGAGAAUGUUCAGUCGAGAAUUAAGUCGGGUUGUACUCGCCGGAAAGCGCCAUGGAAGAAGCUUGGGUGUUAUGGAGAUUGAUUUGACGAUGACGAAGACAUUUCGAAAUUCUCGAGGAUAGUGAAGGCUUAGACUUUUUCUCCCUCAUUUAUUAGGUAGAUUUUUUAUUUUUAAAAUUUUAAUAAAUUAUGUGGUAGAGUUGAGUUCCUUCUCAAUGUGAAUUUAUGUACAAACCAUUUAUUUAAAUUUAGGACAAAUUAUCAUUUA